AUUUCGCAUCGCCAAUGUGUGCGGAAGUGCUGCUGCCUUCCAGACGCUCACAGCUGGAGUCGCUUGGUACCGAAAUCCGUAAACUCGAUCAAACUACUGCGUUAAGUGCCAAGAGUUUACAAGAUGGAGGGUAACGCAGCACUGCAUUUUGCCAACUUUAGCACACUGUUUGUGUGCAUGGUGUUGAAAUUCCCGCAAAUAUUCGUGCUGAUGCGGGCUAAAGCGACCACUGGGUUUAGUCUGAAGAGUCUACUGCUGGAGCUGGUAGGUUUCAUCGUGUUCAUGUCGUACCAGAUGUACUAUGACUAUCCACCUGUCACAUACCUGGAGUAUCCGAUCCUUGUAGCACAAGAUGUCAUUGUGCUGCUUUUGAUCCUACAUUACAACAGGAACCUGAAGCACAGCCUUAUAUACGCAGCAGUGUUUAUUGGUGGAUGGCAGCUGCUUACAGUUCAGAAGUGGGUGAUUGAUCUAGCCAUGAGUCUUUGCACAUUUAUUAGUGCAGGCAGUAAACUGGCGCAACUCCAGUGUCUGUGGCAAUCUAAGGACUCCAGACAGGUCAGCGCUCUCACCUGGGGUCUGGCCACAUAUACAUGUCUGGCGAGGAUCUUUACUACCACAAUCACCACAGGAGACACACAAGUCCUUGUUCGGUUUGUCGUGAUGAGCAUGCUGAACUUGUGGGUCACAGCUACAGUCAUCUAUUACAAACCUCGGGCUGUGAAACAGGAUUAAAACAUGUUACUAUGGUUACAAGGGCACUUCCUGUUACAUGCAGUAUUCCUAUAUGUGCAGUAUACUUUAAGAGUGAACAUCGGAAUUGGAUUCAGCCCAGAUGUUAUUUUUAUAGCAUUUUCUGUAUUGCUGUGUAAAAGAGUGUUAAGGUUUACUGAUUUGUGGUAAAAGUUUUACACAACUUUAUAUCAUGAUGCGUUCUUAUACUCAGGGUUUUCAUAACAUAUUGCUUUACGUAGGUUUCUCACUGGCAGUAAAAUAGUCAAAAAUAGUAUGCAUUUAAUAAUUAAAAUCAGCCUUUUAUCAAUUUAACAUAAUUUCUAAUCAGACAUUCCCAUGCAGGGAGAGGUCUUGCAACGUGUUUUUCCAGCAAUAAUUUUGUGAUUUCAAAAAUUUUGGAUGCAAAAAAUGUUCUGUUUAGAUACAUCUCUGACUCAUAACAGUGUUAUGAAAGUAAAUACAUUCUUACUGAUAAUCAGUUCCUGAAUUUCCCUUUAAAGGGACACUCCACUUUUUUGAAAAUAUGCUCAUUUCCAGCUCCCCUAGAGUUAAACAUUUGAUUUUUACCAUUUUGGAAUCCAUUCAGCUAAUCUCCAGUUCU